AUGGAUGCCCUGGAGGUCCCCCCUCUUACCCCCACCAGUAAGGAGGUCCUCAGCCAGGCGGUGAAGGCCAGUUUCGCUGGGUUCGCCCAGGAGAGAAUCAUCCAUCACUUCCCACAGGACCCCACCCUGUGGUCGCAGUGGGAGGUGAACUACUGGCUGGACUGGUGCCAGGCGGAGUUCGGGCUCCAGGGCCUGGUCUCAGACCUGCGGGGGCUGCAGGGGGGGGAGCUGUGCAGCCUGCAGAGAGAGGCCUUCCUGGGCCUGAUGACCGACUGCACGGCGGGGGAGAUCCUGUGGGAGCACCUGGAGACCAUGAGGAGAGAGAAUGAGUUUGACUUCAGUUCUUCACCCCCCACCUGCACAAUACCCUCUUACUGCCAGCUUCCAGUCAACAAAGAAGGCUUCUCAGACUACAUGGAGGAUCCCUCAGAGAAACACAGUUUCCACGUUCAGUUCCCCCCCGCUGAGAGUAGGCAGCUCCACACCCUGCGCCCGGUCAGCGGACACCAUCAGGACUACUAUCUGAUCACAGAGGAUCCCAUCCUGACCGCUGCUGCCAUGCUGCAGCAAACAGGAGGGAACGGAGAGACAGACUCAGAGGUGGAGAUCGCUCACAGUGAGGACUCCGACGUGGGGGGCUCUCUGUUAUGGGCUGCUCCCCUUCAGGACAUAGAGUCAGUGACAGAGGAGACCAUGCAUCACAACAUCUUCACCUUACCCUACCCACACAGGAGCUUCAAAGAGUAUAUAGGCAACAAAUGGGAUCUGAGCCGAGCGGUGAUCCCAGCAGCUGUCCUGGCUGGGUACACUGGAAGUGGUCCCAUUCAGCUGUGGCAGUUCCUGCUGGAGCUCCUGACAGACCGCAGCUGUCAGGCCUGUAUCAGCUGGACAGGAGACGGCUGGGAGUUCAAGCUGACGGACCCCGAUGAGGUGGCCCUGCUGUGGGGUCAGAGGAAGAACAAACCCAAGAUGAACUAUGAGAAGCUCAGUCGAGGUCUCCGGUACUACUACGACAAGAACAUCAUCCGCAAGACGGCAGGCAAACGCUACGUGUACCGCUUCGUGUGCAACCUGCAAGGCCUGCUGGGAUAUGAGCCUGGGGAGCUGCACGCCAUGUUGGACAUUAGUAACAAGAAUCAGUAAUGACCACUUUCAGGAGGACAACAGAGACACGUUUUAUAUGGGAUACUUCAGUUUAAAACAGUUUCUUUGGUAAUGAGAACAAC